AUGCGCUUCGGCCGAACCCUUCGCGAGUCCGUCUACCCGCCAUGGAAGGACAAGUACAUCGAGUACGCAAAGCUUAAGAGCUUGCUGCGGGAGGAUGUGGCCGACGACGAUAACCAGCCGUGGACUGACGAAGAUGAGUCUCGUUUCUCCGAAGAGAUCUUCAACAACCAACUCGAAAAGGUUGCUCAGUUCCAAGAGCAGCGUUUUAAUGCCCUCAAGGACCGGGUCGACUCUUCUUUUGACAAGCUCAAGGAACUGGCUCCUGUUGAGUCAGAGGAGGAUGGAGGUCCUUCUAAAGGUGACAUCUCGGCUACCCGACUGCGGGCUCUGGAGUCGGAGCUUGACGAGAUCACCAAUGAGGUUCGCGAACUCAAGAAGUACAGCCAGAUCAACUACACUGGCUUCCUCAAGAUCAUUAAGAAGCACGAUCGUAAGAGAGGAGACCGCUACAAGGUCCGGCCUGUGAUGCAGUUGAGCUUGUCGCGACGACCUUUCAAUUCCGAGACUGGCUAUUCCCCUCUCCUCAACAAACUUUCUAUAAUGUACUUUGCUAUCCGGCAACAGCUAGAGGAGGAAACCGGAGAUCAACUCCCACCCUUGGAUUUUGAGUCUCAGGGAGAGAUGUACAACGGUGAACGUUACAAAGCUCAUAAGUACUGGGUUCAUCCCGAUAACCUACUCGAAGUCAAGACAGUUAUUUUGCGACAUCUGCCUGCUCUCGUCUACAGCGAAAAGUCUGCCAAGGAGCUUGAUGGUAGCGAUUCGCCAUCCAUUACCUCCCUUUAUUUUGAUAACAAAAAGUUUGAGCUUUACGGAGAAAAGGUUAACCACAAGUCUGAAGCAACCUCGCUGCGCCUUCGUUGGUAUGGCCAGUUGGCCACCCGACCUGAAAUUUUUGUUGAGGAGAAGACUGUCGAUGAAAAGGGUGGCAGCCAGGAUCUCAAGUUCUCCAUCAAAGACAAGUACGCCAAGUCAUUUGUUGAUGGAGAAUACAAGACAGAGAAGGCUGUUCAAAAGCUUAAGAGACAGAGUUUUGCUCCCGAAAAGAUACAGGAGUUCGAACAGACGGUUGGCACAAUCCAGAAACAUCUCAAGGAAAAGGAUCUCGGCCCUGUUCUAAGGGCCAACUAUGUCCGCACGGCCUUCCAGAAGCCUGCUGAUGACCGGAUCCGUAUUGCUAUCGAUACCAAUGUGGCGUUUAUCCGAGAAGAUACGCUUGAUCGUAGCCGCCCCUGCCGUGACCCGAAGGAGUGGCACCGCCUGGAUAUUGACGAUAGCGAAAUGACAUAUCCCUUUAAAAAUAUUAACCAGAGCGAGGUCAACAGGUUUCCGUAUGCCCUCCUUGAAAUCAAGUUGAAGGAGGACGGCCAGCGAAAGCGACCUACCUGGGUCCAGGACUUGAUGGCGUCUCACUUGGUUCACCCAACCCCACACUUCUCCAAGUUUGUGCAUGGUAUUGCGGUCCUUUUUGAAGACUACGUCAACAGUUUGCCCUUUUGGCUCAGUGAUCUUGAUUCCGAUAUCCGCAAAGACCCUCAAAAAACUUUUGAGGAAGAGGAGCAACGACGUGCCCAGCGACACGAGGAUGUCAUGGCUGUGGGCAGUCUCAUAGGAGCCGGCGCAAAAUCGGGAUCUUACAAACCUACACAGAGCUCACCAGUGAGCAAGUCAUAUCUAGCGGACCGCAUGUCUAAGGAUUCGAAUACCCAAAAGCUCAACAAGCAGACCUCGACAUCUGGGAACGGAGAAGAGGUCGGGGAAAGCAGUGGCCAACGCCAGGAAGAACAGGAAAGGUCCUACGGGACUCUGUCGUCUGUCAUUCCCGGUUUUUCGUUAUCCAAGUACUCUCGGGCCAAACGAGCGUCUCAGCAGCCAUUGCCGGAAGGCGUGGUAGCGCCGACACAAUGGAUCAAGAACAUGGGCGAACUUAAGGUGGAACCGAAGGUUUGGCUUGCUAACGAGCGAACGUUCCUCAAAUGGCAGCACAUUUCCAUUCUCCAGGGUGGUCUGGCUGUUGGUCUAUACACGGCUGCAGGUGAAAACACACUCGCAUCUAUCAUCGGUUUCUUGUUCGUUCUCAUUGCCAUAUUUGCCGGCGCUUGGGGCUAUACUAUGCUAAGAAUUCGACGAACGAUGAUUGUAGAACGGAGUGGCAAGGACUUUGAUAACAUGAUUGGGCCCAUGGUUAUCAGUGCCUCGCUGAUGCUUGUGCUUAUUCUCAACUUUUUCUUUGCGUGGCGAGAAGCUUAUGGACGAUUCAACAAUGGUAAUAAUGAUGCGGGAGACCUUCUGUCGGAAGAACUCAGGUAA